GUUCGUGUCAAGGAAGGAAGACGUACGCACAGACACCCACGAUUGCCAACACACCCACACACACCCAGACCCACACACAGCUGCAUGCAGACAGGGCUGAUCUCCCGGGCUGCAUGGCCAUGCAAUCAGGAGCCGGCAGCAGAUGUGUGUGCGCAUCGCAUCAUUCGCGUGGAUGUAGAACACAACACCAACGCACCGACACGAUGGAAGUCAGGCCUGACACACUCGCGCGCCCCCACUCGUCUGCGUCGCGGCCGUCACCUCCGUCAAAGUCUCACUGCGCGCACACACAUUUACCGCAUGCCAUGUAUGUACUGAUGCCUGUCUCCACCUUACCUUCGCAGACGACCUCCGCACCUCGCCCGAUGUCGUAUCCUGCGAUGGUAUGGCUGUCCUUCAGCUGCCUGUCUCCGAAGAUGAGGCACUGGUUCUCGAUGGGGCCGCCACCCUUGUCCUUGAUCUCCGCCUUGCCACUCGCGAUGGUGUCGGUGGGCCACACAAGCAACGGAAUACAUGAGGGAAGACCGCUGGAAAAAAAGACAAAAGAAACGAACCCACACGUGUAUGGGCGCGCGUCUCAAUGGAGCGGCAAGUGAUGUCUGCACUCCUCACCACCCCAGACGCAGCACCACGUGGAGUGUGCUCUCCUUCUCGAUGUUGCAGUCCGACACAGUGCGGCUGUCCUCCAGCUGCCUGCAUUGGAAGAUGAGGCGCUGUUCGUCAAUGGGGAUGCCCUCCUUGGCCUGAAUCCUGGCCUUGACGUCCUCGAUCGUGUCAGCCGGCGCCACGUCCAGUGUUCUGGUCGCCCCUGCAUGAAGGAAAGAGAGACACAGGAAGUAAGUAUCCUCCAGUAGGCGUGGUGUAUGAGGAUCUAUGUGUGUGACCUUGAAUCUUGUAGAAGAUCUGGUAUGUGGGUUGCUGCUCCGUGGCCGAACGCGCAGACACACCUGAACACCGGUGCGACACGAUGGAUGACGCACACCAUGCCAUGCCACAUGGGUGUGGUGUGGUUUGUUUCAUUCCCUCUCCUUCCGUAUUCGUGUUUACCUGUGUUGAUGGCCUUCGGGAGACCUGGUUUCUCGUGUGUACUGUGUGUACCACCGAGAAGACGACACUUGACGAAGAUCAAGAUUCUCGAUCCUGCGACGAUCCUGAACGUGACGUGCAGGAAGAGGCGGAAAACACGACGCGUUGCACGUUGUGAAUCAGCGCGUACUUGACGGUGACCAGUUCUCGGAAUCUCUCGUACUGGCGACCUUUGUCUGCAGACGCACGAACAACGGGAGAACCCGAACUAAGUCAAUCUGCCCUUCUUCAUGGUGAUUUGCCCUCAACGUUCUUACAUCUGCAUGCUGGGUCGUCUGCCUCGAAUCGCUCCUCAUACUCGUCCGGUACCGUCACUCGUGUAUACACCGUCACCUCACGCUCGCCCAGCCUGUCCUGCCCCUUGGCCACUCGCGUUCAGCCGCAGCUCGUCACUCAGCAAAUGGCUGUAGAGGCCAUACUGCCGAAUGCUGGCCGGCCGGCUGUUGAAGACGGCCUUGCUGCCCAUGUUCUGCAGGUCCUCACCCGCCAGCUGAAUGGGCAGCUGCUGCACGUAGCCACCGUGUUUGGCCAGGAGAAGCACCAGCGCAUUGCCCCUCCACUUGCUGCCCCCAUUCACCAGCACGUAGCGCAGCCGAAUCAGCUGCGAUGGCCGACGAGCGUCGGCCGACUCUCGCAACGGCCGGUAGUCGAUGAUGCCGGUGAGGGCCUCCUUGUGGAUGAGUCUGUCGAUUUCUGGCACGAUGGCGUCCGCGACUGCGCUGCCGACCGCCUUGGAUGUGCGACAGAGGGCAAUAGUGCUGGCCAGCAGGCGUCUUCCACCGAUGAGGGGAAGCAGGGUGCAGCUGAGGACAUCCAUGGGAAUGGUGUGCAGGCGUGGUGGUGGCGAGGCUGCAGCGUCAGGUGGCACGAUACCCCCGUCGUCAACGCGGCGGCGCUUGGCACCAGCCUCAUCCUGAACACAUGGCACAUCGUAGAUCUGACCAUCCGGAAAGCGUCGCCAUCAUUCGUGCGACGUACCUUCUUGUGUGGAUUGAUGGUCGUGUGACUCUUCUUGGCAUCGGCGUCGGCCUGGCCGAUGAACCUGAAGGUCUUGAAAUGGCCCUCAAGCUGAUCACACACACAGACAGGGAAAGCCUCACUCAUUCAUGAGUCGACGGACGGACGAUGCGUGUAUGUGUACUACGAACCAGCGCUAGGCCAUCCAGUCGCUUGUACUCGGCCUACAGGUCGUCCAGUGCAUCGGAUAUGCCCUCGACGGCACCCUUCAGUAUCGGCAUGCGAGUCCCACCAACAGACCCCUACACACACACGCACAACACACACAUCCAAAGCAUGUGAGGGCUCCAAAGCUAUGCCUUGACUGGCUGACCUUCUCAACAAGGUAUCUGACACAAUCAGCCGCCUGCAGCACAUACACCGCACACACGACUCAUAUGACACCACCCCCAUCUCCCUCCCUCCCUCUCUGCCUGCCGUCCAUGUCCUCUCACCUGCGACUGCAGUGCAGCCAGCUUGUCCUGGAACUGCCACAGCUGCUCCACCUCACGAGCGUACAUCUGCAGAGGGCACACGUGACAUCAGGGGAGCAUGUGAGCCCUGACGCAUCUUUGGGUUUUGUGGCUGCAUCAGGGCUCACCGCCUGCCCAGCUUCUUCUGUGCCGCUGCGAUUGAUGAAUCGAAACACAUUGAUAUCACCACUACCUGACCAAACGAACGCACACAUCCGCACCUUAUUUCCACACAAGGAUUCCCUCCCUCCCACUCCAUCAGUCAAUCAGCCUACCUGCAGCAGAUGACGCCGAUGCUGCUGCGCCAUUCAUGCUGCGCCCGCCGGACCCUCCAGAUCUUGAGCUCGCAAAAAUGUAAACGGAAGAAGCUGCAUUGCUGUGCAAAGGCCGUUUUCCACAU